AUGCCGACUCUUUUCCACCUUCUGGGAGAGCAGCCCUCCACGGCAGUAGAGUUUGAAGUCUCUACAUCAUUAGAUUUCGAAGACUUGCAAGAUCUUGCUGCCUCACAUUUUGCUAUUGUGGAGCCUCGAGGGGUUGGAUUUAUAUCUGAUGAUCAAUACCUUACAUCAGUAGCAGAUGUACUCGCUGCUGAUGGACCUAUUGCAAUCUCCAUCGAUGGCGGCGCAGUGCGCAAGAUCCCGGGACCAAAAGGUCUUCCGUAUCUUGGCAACUUUACUCAGAUAUACCCUGACCACCUUGGUAAUCAUCAAAGGCUGUUUGAAACAUAUGGUAAACUUUUCGCGGUCACAACGUUUGGCACCAAGUGGAAUUACACAAACGACCCCAAUCUGACAAAUAUCUGCUUGAUGGAGAGCGAAUUCUUUACCAAGGGUGUAAUUGAAGGGCACCCUUUACACCCGUUCAACUUGGGAGAUGCCGGAAUUUUUUUCGGCAGUACUUAUACUGAAAACUGGCGCGCAAACCACAAAUUCUUCCCUCCAGCACUGGGUCCCAAGGCUGUGAAACACUACGCACCCAAGCUGCAGGAUACUAUUGAAGACUCCUUCACAGUCUUCGACCAAUUAGACAAAGACGGCGAGGCUUGGAAUGUAUUCCCAUAUAUGUUGAAACUGACCUCUCAAGCCAUAGUCAAGCUUAUUCUGGGUAUGCAAGUCCGUCACUUUGCGUCAGUGGAUACACCACUUGAUGAAAUUGUGUCCAUGGUCAUUGAGAUCUUGGUGCUGGCUAGGAAAGUGAAUCGCUACGGCUCUUGGUACGGCAGCCUUCCAUUUGGAGACCCUCAGAAGCUCCGUAAUAUUACAAAGAUGAUUCGUGAGCGGCUGGAUAAGAAAAUGGAAGAAGUUGAGAAUGCUAAAAUGGGCGCGAAAGAGCUGGAACUCCAAGAAGCCGCUUUAGAAGCUGACCACUUGAUUGAUUUUGCCAUUCGAGCCCGAGACAACAAAGGAAACAGAUUGACCAAGGACCAAGCAUCUCUUGGUGUGACCAUUAUCGCCGGCGCUGGAUUCUCAACGACAGCAGCGCUACUUUCCUGGUUGAUUUAUGGCCUGGUCUUUUAUGACGGGAUGCAAGAUCGCCUCCUCCAAGAGCUCGUCGACAACGACUGGAACGAGGACACCCACGCUACACUGGAGUUAACUAAAAAUCUCAAGUUUUUGGAUAAAUACAUCAAGGAAACACAGAGACGACACAAUUCAUCGUUCCAACCGGCUCGUACUGCCAAGACUGACUUGAUCUUGCCUGGAGGAUACAAGAUGGCAAAGGACUCCCUCAUAAUCUUGGCCUUGCACCACCUCCAUACGAACGCUGAGCAUUGGAACAGCCCUCUACGAUUUGAUCCUGACCGCUGGGACACUGAAGAGGUCAAAAACAGACCAGCAGGUUCGUUUCAGCCUUUUGCCUCUGGACCUCGCGGCUGCAUAGGCUUCAACUUGGCAUUGGAAGAAGUCAAAAUAUUUCUACCUAAAUUGGUAUAUCGCUACAAGUUCACGUUGGCCAAGAUGGAUGAAGCCGUUCAGUACGAUCCAAAUCAGGUGGUCAUCAAGCCAGACAAUUUGUACGUGCGCGCGGAGAGAAGGGUCCGAUGGCCAGCGAAGUCCGAAUAA